UGAAAGCUGAAAAUUGGCCUGGACAGGAAGGGGGUGAAAGUGUCCGGACUUGAAGUGGUUAAGACACUGAGUAGGCCUAAACAAUCAAUCCCUGCUCAGGGGCGGACUGACCAUUUGGAAACUUGGGUACUGCCCGAGGGCCCGGGGUCAGUAGGGGGCCCAAUGAGAUGCCCCUGGUACCUUUUUCAUAGGCUUUUUGGAGUUUGGGCAAGGACACAGGGGCCCCAUGAUCCCCUAUUGCCCGGGGGCCCCAUGAGUUGUCAAUCCGCCCCUGUCCCU